AUGAAAGAUGUACCAACCUGGCUGUCCAGCUGGUCCUGGUGGUCCUGGUGGUCCCGGUGGACAUGUUGGCUUCUUUGGCUCACAUUGACACCAUGCUGGAAGUCCAGAGAAUGUUUGACGCUUUUGACGGAAGACAGAGUUGAAUGGAUUGACACGUGGCUUGGUUGGUGGAGUAACAAGCACUUGAACAUCCAUCAUUUCAGUCCAUGCGGACUCAGUCUCGACACGGAAGAGACGAACACCGUCAAGUACUUCAUUAUGGAUCUCAUCGAUGGUAUUGUAGAGGGAUGGAACCACAAUGAGGCAGGCGGCAAUGGCCAAACCGGAAAGGACAGUGGCCACAGAGACUAA